GCCCGCCGUUUGCACCACCAUCUCACACCCAUCUCGCACCUACCCUCGCACACCCAUCCGCUACAAUGGUCAAACUCGAAGAAGUCGUCGAUGAGGAGUUCCUCCGCGAGCAGGAAGGCCCCCAUGACGAAGACGACUGGGACACCGACUCCGAAUCAGACACAUCCUCCAUCGCAGACCUCACCCCGGACGAAACCCUCUACGAGCGCAUCGCGGCUUUGCAAGACAUCAUCCCGGCGCCGACACGCCGGGCUCUCGCCUCAAAGUACAACACAGCGACGUCGUGGGUGAAGAGCGGGCUCGCGCUCGGCGGCAAGACGCUGUGGGUUGUCAGCACGAGCGCGCUGCUGCUGGGUGUCCCGUGGGCGCUGGCGUACAGCGAGGAGCAGAUGAUUGUCGAGCAGGAGAAGAUGGAGAUGGCGAACCAGCGGGCGCAGAACGAGUUCAUGGCGCCGAGCGCGGGUGGACAGGAGGCGAGGCCGGCGUUGUAAGGCCCUUUUGAUUGAGCGAUGGAUGGCACGCGAAAACGUGACGGCAGUUCUUCACUUGUGUUACUAUAGACGGGGCGGGGAUGGGUGUCGCGCAGAACCUUCACCUGCGACGAGCGGAGCACGUACUGUCUUGAUACUUCUGUACACUACACCACACAUACGGGGUCUCCUCUUUGUGAUAUAAUGCAUGCACGUAACUAGUCUCACU